UUAGAGUUGUUUUGCUGUCAAAAUGGAUGAACCGAUCGCAAAGAGAACGAAAACAGAAGCUAGUUGUUCCCUCGAAGCUUUUGAGAAAAACUCUGAAAAAACUUUAGAAGACCAGUUUGGAAUUUGUUGCUAUGUUAGUAAUUUCGUGGAAGGCGAUUUUCAAGAUGACGGCAAAUCUAUUGAUGUUAUUCUCAAACAUAGGUUUUCAGAUUUCAUUGUGAAUGAAAUUGAUGAAAAUGAUAGAGUUGUGAAUUUGACUUCAUUCGAGCUUCCGAAAACAGAGUCGGCUGAAGAAAAAAAUGAGUCUGAGAAUUUGUUCUUGUUUGAAGAUGAACAAACGAAAAUAAUUACUGAAAGUGUCUCGUCUAAAAUACGAUCAUGGGUCAAACUUUUGUCAAUACCGGAAGAGAAAAAAUCCAGAAAACUUAUUCACAGCUCAAUUCAAAAAAUUAAUCCGAGUUUAAUUUCUAAAAGCUUCGACGGGUUUAUUCACGUGAUGUAUUCGCCCAACCAAAGAGAUGAAAGAGGUCAAUUUCAUUCUAAAUGGGAAGGUCAUGGGUUCGGCAAUUACUGUUCAUUUGUGCUAUUUAAAGAAGGUCUGUCAACAAUGGAAGCCAUUGAUACAAUUUGCCGGCGGCUUAACAAACCAACUAAAGCAUUCAACUUUGCAGGGACGAAAGAUAAAAGAGCUGUAACUUAUCAAAACAUAACUGUUUUCAAAGUUGAAGCUUCGGUCUUGAACAAAAUAAACGAUUUGUGUUCAAAUAUCAAAGUUGGCGACUUUUCAUACACUAAAGCCCGACUUGGCUUGGGUGCUUCGAAUGGAAACGCGUUUAAGCUUCUGUUGCGUAAUAUCGACGUAAACAAUGUGCCUUUAUUGCAUAAUCGGUUACGUCAGGUUGAAGAAAAGGGGUUUAUCAAUUACUUCGGUUUGCAGAGAUUCGGCUCUAUGUCCAAUACGAACCCAGAAAUCGGGCUGAGUAUUUUGAAAAAUGACUGGCUAAAUGUAGUAAAUUUGCUUUUGUUUUCGGAUUCAAGUCAUUUGAAAAAGGUUUCAUGGUUUGAAGAGAUAAAAAAGAAAAUGAUGGCUCGAGAAAAUAUAAAUCUAACGAAAGAAAUGAUUUUUCAAGUUCAAAACGGCGUUGAGAAGAAGUUUUUAUUCGGUCUCAAAGACACUGGUUAUGACUCCGAUCAAAAAAUAAUUGAAGCGUUUGGUUAUUUGCAGCGGAACAUUCGUCUUAUUUAUCUACAUUCGUAUCAAGCUUAUCUAUGGAACUUGACAGUGUCACAAAGACUUAAAAAGUUUGGCUUAAAACUCGUGAUUGGAGAUCUUGUUCACCGUAGUACUGAAAACACAUUUGAGGUAGCCGAAAUAACGGCCGAUAAUUUAGCCGAGAACAAAUUUGAAAAUUGUGUUAUUCCAAUUGUUGGUUCAAAAAGUAAACUUCCUCCUAAUAUGUCUGAAUUUAUUUUGAAGUUCUUGGAAAAAGAUGGACUCACCCAAGCAAGCAUGGAUCACAAAAUCAAGGAGUAUAAAUUGAAGGGAGAUUAUAGAAAAAUUGUGUGUAAGCCGAAUUAUUUCAAGUAUGGUUUGAUUUCAUAUGAAUCAAUAGAAGAAGAUGUUCUCAAAAGUGAUAUCGAUUAUUUGAAAGAGAACGAAAAAGAGUCGAAAACGGUUAACAAAAAUGAAAGCCAAGAACUGUCAUUUGAAGAUAGUUUGGAUAAUGAGAAAUUUUUUGGGUUGAAAUUAUCCUUUCAUUUGCCAUCGAGUGCUUAUGCUACGAUGUUAGUACGUGAACUGACUCACAGUGAAACCUCUCAACAGUAUCAUAAGGCAGAGUCGGAUAAGCUGAAAGACGAGGAGUUCGAAAACUGCUGUGAAAACGGGGAUGAAAUUCCAAUGCACUGAAUAUAAUAACUUAAACGCGUUGAACCUUUUUGUUGAAACCUAUUUAAGUGGAUAUGUGAACAGUGUCUAUGACAUGAAAAAACUUGUGAACAGCACUUCAAGAUUUGAAAAUUUAAGUUAAACAUUUUGAGAUGAGUUAAUAAAGGUUGAA